UGUUGAUCCACACCGAGCUUUAGUCCUACCUCGAGGAGACAAGAAGCAAGACUUCACAAACAAAGACUUCUCUGGCCUUCUUCCUAGCUGCACGACUAUGUUUGAAUUUACUAGUACGCGGCUUUACUCAGGUUCAGGUUCAUUUCCUCGCUCCUGCAAGAUCGACAUUGAAAGCCCCGAAAAUAUUGGCUGGCUAAAAGGGCGAGGAGCAGCCCUCUCAAAGAUACCCUCUAUGCACAUUAAACUUGCCAUGCAGCUCCCCCCAAAACCCAACGGUCCCCUUCCGGCGCGACUCCGACUUCGUCAGUCGUGACAGCCUCACGAAAAUACGGCGGAUCUGCGUGAGACCUGCAGCGCGCGCAGCGCUUGUUGGCCUUGGCGGCGUUGGGUGAGCACUGCAUAUCGCAGCCGUAGAACUAACAGUAACUGCCUACAUAGAAAAUCCCAGAUUGCUAUUGUAUGCUUACCAGGCACAGUGUCCGUGAUUUGUGACUUCUUCCUCUUGGGGGCCGCGGAGAACUGUGUUCGAGCGUUU